UUCGGUCUCUCGUCACCGUUUCACUUUAACCUUCGUUUUGUCGGCCUCUGACGCUGCUACAACCCGCCAAUUCAAAACUGUCUCAACUCUCAUGGCGUCCCAGAACAAGCCCGCUGGAUCUGGAUCUGGAUCUUCUCCCGCAGCCGCUAAUGGCGACGUUUCUCCUCCGCGCACGGUGGCAUUGAUUGCCGGCAUCACCGGCCAAGAUGGUUCCUACCUCACUGAAUUCCUCCUUGACAAAGGCUACGAAGUCCAUGGCCUUAUUCGCCGCUCCUCUAACUUCAACACCCAACGAAUCAAUCACAUCUACAUCGAUCCACACAACACCCACAAGGCUCGAAUGAAGCUUCAUUAUGCGGAUCUCACCGAUGCCUCUUCCCUUCGUCGAUGGCUCGACACAAUCCUCCCCGAUGAGGUUUACAAUCUCGCUGCCCAGUCGCAUGUCGCCGUUUCCUUCGAGAUCCCCGAUUAUACCGCCGAUGUUGUCGCCACUGGUGCUCUCCGACUCUUGGAGGCUGUUCGCUCCCACAUCGCCACCACCGGUCGCAGCCAUAUUCGCUAUUACCAAGCCGGAUCAUCGGAAAUGUUCGGUUCCACCCCACCUCCGCAAUCGGAGACUUCCCCAUUUCAUCCUCGGUCUCCUUAUGCGGCGUCGAAAUGCGCCGCCCAUUGGUACACCGUCAAUUACCGCGAGGCUUAUGGGCUCUUUGCCUGCAAUGGGAUACUCUUCAAUCACGAAUCGCCGAGGCGAGGUGAGAAUUUCGUAACCCGGAAGAUCACGCGGGCUGUGGGUCGGAUCAAGUUCGGCCUGCAGCGCAAAUUGUUCUUGGGGAAUUUGCAGGCUUCGAGGGAUUGGGGUUUUGCUGGGGAUUAUGUGGAGGCUAUGUGGAUGAUGCUGCAGCAGGAUAAGCCGGACGAUUACGUUGUGGCCACGGAGGAAUCCCACACAGUGGAAGAGUUUUUGGAGGUUGCAUUUGGACACGUGGGUUUGAAUUGGAGGGAUCAUGUGGAGAUUGACAAGAGGUACUUCAGGCCAGCAGAGGUCGACAAUCUCAAGGGGGAUUCUAGCAAGGCUAGGAAAGUGCUUGGGUGGAAGCCCAGGGUGGGAUUUGAGCAGUUGGUGAAGAUGAUGGUGGACGAGGACAUUGAAUUGGCCAAGAGGGAGAAGGUGCUUGUCGAUGCUGGCUACUUGGAUGCUCAGCAACAGCCUUGAUCUAUAUGAACGGUGACGAGGUAAAAAUGUGACAGCAGCAACCUCAAAGCUCAAAUGCGAGAGCAGGAAUGUUGGCCUGGCCCUGGUCGCUUGCAUACAACUUUCUCAAGAGUUUUGAACGUUUGACAAUUAAUUAAGGCUGCAUUUCGUACAUAAUAAGGAGAUUUUUUUUUUGGCCAAAUACAUAAUAAGGAGAUUAAAUGAAGACAAAAUGUGAUUAGUAUGGGAAUUGAGCACCCUGAAUUCAUUAGUAUAAAAGACUCAAGUUUUAGAAAA